AAUGGCAACGAUCUAAACCACUGUCUUAAUGGCAUUUGGCAGGGAAUCUGGCCCCAGUGCAUUCCCAUCUGCAGCCACAAGAAAUUCAAUACAGAUCUCUCCAUUCGGGCCUUCUGCAGCUACAAGGGGCAGAUAAAGAGCUGCAAGAGCCACGACACCAAGCUGCUCCUUGGAACCUCUGCCACUGUCACCUGUAGUAGUCCUCGGCUACACUGCAUUCCAGACUGCGGAAAGAAACUGCCAACCGUUCAGGAGGAUCCCUGGCUGAUUAGCAUUUUUACAAGCGAUAUCUCAUUGUCGAACUAUACUUACAAAUGCUAUGGCGUAAUCAUCAGCCCAUGGCUGGUUUUAGUUGAAAAUCAGUGCACCGAAGAACAGAACGUAAUGCGGUAUGCCAUUGCAGAGGGAAAUCGAUGGGCCAGCUUUGUAAGACAUGAGGAACAUCCCUAUGAGCUCCACAAUGUGGCCAACAUUUUUCAGGCCACCAGAUGCAACAGCAUUGUGUGGAGCUUCCUUAGUCUGAUUGUCAUCUGCAAGGCGCACGCGAUUGUGGAGAAAGUCGAACAUCAGAAGGAAGUGCUCGGCGAGACCUUCGAGUUGGCCAAACGCAUGAAAAACCUGGAUCUGUGUCUGUUUAUCGAUAUAUGCAUGAAGGUCAAUGCAGAGGAAUUAAGUAUCAAGAGGAUGGCAACAAAAAGGCCAAAAACUUUAUCUCAAUGAAAAACCUCAAACACAUUAACG